UGACGUGAAUCGACGCUCUCUGGGUUUGAUUGAUGUGAUUACUAUGGCGGCGGCGGCGGGCGAAGCUGAGGCCUCGGCCCCGGCAGCGGCAGGUGGAGAGUAUGAGGUGGAAGGACCAGGAGUGGCCGACGCGGAGUUUAAUAAGAAGUGCAUCUUCUGCAAAAUUGGGAAUAAAGAGGAGUCGGUGGAUCUGCUGCACUGGGAUCAACAGUUUGCCUGUUUUAGGGACAUUCGACCUGGUGCGCCCCAUCAUUAUCUUGUUGUGCCAAGAAAACACAUUGUAAAUUGCAAAUCUUUGAAGAAGGAGCACAUAUCAGUAGUUCAAAAGAUGGUGGACAUUGGAGAAAAUGUACUGCAACAAAACGGUUUUGAUGACCUGACAGAUGUAAGGCUGGGUUUUCACUGGCCUCCAUUCUGCACAAUGACUCAUUUGCAUUUGCAUGUACUGGCUCCAGCCAGUCAGAUGGGAUUUAUAUCAAGAAUGAUUUACAGAGCCAAUUCCUACUGGUUCAUUACAGAAAUGGGGAAAAAGCAAGAGAACAGAAGUGGCGCAUACUUCUAGCUACACCAUCGGGAAUCCCCCAUUUGAUGUUUGCAGCAAAGAAGGCAGUUUCCAUAAGCUGUCACAAAUCCUAAAAUCUGAAAUGUAAAUUUGUAAAAUGUAAAGGAAUAACAUGCUAAUUGCUCUUUUGUUGUCAUCUUUUGUGUUGAAAAUUGCAUAGAUGGUCUCUCCUGUCAACUUGAAGAUUAAAACACACACCAUGUUAGGUCAUAGUGUUUGUAAGAAAAUAAUUGCACAAAUAACUAUUACAAAAUACUUUAAAUUGUCCUGAAAAUAAUCAUAGUAACAUACAGCACAGGAUGCUGUCAUUUGGCCCAUUGUGUCUGUGCUGGCUCUAUGAAAGAGCUGUCCAAUUUAGCCCAAGACCCCAGCUUUUUUCUCAUACACCUGGGGGAAUGUUCUCGGGCAAGGGGAGGUGAAUUUGGGUGUGUGUGGGGAGUUAAAUCUCCUAAAAGUGAUGCAGACAUGGGUGGGUUUGAAAGCAACUGGAGAAGAGGGAAGAACAACGUGUGGAGGAUGGCUGUGAGGCCUGGGUGCGAGAGGGAAAUAGAUGAGCGUGAGUGUUGGCUGUUUAGAUGUGAGGAGGUCUCUGGAGAGAGAGGAAUGAGUGGAGCUGCAAGUUGUGUUCUGAGGAGUGUUUGUCAGAGUCUAUAAGUAGAGGACGUUAAUAGAAGAGUAAUGCUGGAUCACUCUGGUUAGUCUGACUGAAGUUGAAUAUUACCACCAAAGCCAACCCCCCCACCAGCCCACCUUUUCCACCACACUAUGUCUAAUUAUGUGAAUGAGCUGAUUCAAGUAGCAGAUUUGUAGUUAAUAACUUGGAUCAUUGCAUUGAUCACCUCAAUUGCAAUAGUAAAUAUUCAUCCCCUUCACCCUUUCAUGUUCAAACUUCUGCAAGAAUCUGCUUCAACAAAAAUGUUCCAAAAAUGAACAGUAGGCAGUUGAAAAAGGCUGUUAAUCAAAUUUUCUUGUAUUUGAUCCGUUUUUAUACUUAAAAGUUAGAUGAUUGUAUAGUGUCCUUCUGUGCUUACAUUAUCACUAUUAAGACUAUGGAUUGAAUCAAAUUAAAGAACAAAUGAAAAAGACAUAAAUGCUAUAUUGGUAUGUUCAAAUAGCCACAUAUAUAUUCUCCAAAUAUAUAGCAUAGCUAGAUGUAGAACAAACUGCUUUUGACUCUGUGCAGCUCUGUACCUCCAUAAUCCUUGUAGCAUCAAUGUGAUAAUUCCAGCUUUUUCUUUGAAGGAAGUUGCAAAUGAAACUAAAUAAUUGGGUUGUUUUAUGCUGCAUGCUUACUGGGAACUGGACUGAGAUUACCCAAAUUCAUUUCACAUAGAACCCGUGGAAGCAGUAGGCAGAGGAAACUUCCAUGCUAUCAAUUCAAUUAGGUUUAAGAUGAUCUCCUAAAAGGUUCAACAAAGAAACACACUGCUUUACAUGGUUCAAUUAUAGAUUGUGUUUUGCACACAUUGUACCUGACUUACCACAAUACGGACCUUUUCCUCAC